AUUGUGUGGUGUUACAUUUUCAGUGUAAUUCCUAAUAGUGUUACAGUGUUAAAAUAAAAGUGUACAUUUAGUGAAAUUAGCACCGGCUUGUGUGAAAUGGCGCCCCAAAGUGGUGUUAUAUUUUGGUGCUUCAUUUACAAACGCCUGUGCAGUGUUAAUUGUACAUACGGGAACUUCACAUAAUUGAGACAAUGCAGUCCGCAUUUGAGGAUCAAGUCAGUUCGAAAAAAUGGCGGCUCUGUCGGUGGACUUAUGCAAUUGAAAGCGAAGACAAAAACAAGCAAGUAAUCGAAGUGACCGACAGAAUGCUGUUUAAAGUGCAGUACCAACAUCAUAAAAAGUACAUAAAGCAUAAUGGAUCAGCAUAUGAUGACUUGAUUAAGGAUGUCAAGCAAAAAUUUGGGAUCUCUCCAGAUCAUAACAUCUAUUUAGCCGACGAGACUGGAACAGAAGUAGAUGAAGAUGUUUUUGCAGACAUUAUUGAGCAAAAGCCUGACACUCUUUGGACGAUAGUUGAUGCUGUGGCUAUUACAGAUCCUCCUGCCAACAUAACCUCUCCAUCUGCAAACGAGACUGAAACGCUGUCACUUCAUUCAGUUGCAUCUUCAUCAGACACACAGCCAUCAGACAGCGACGGUCCUUUCCUCUCACCUAAAAGAGCUCGUUCUGUUGACCAUUCACAAGAAGCUAAGGAGCUUGUGAAAAGUGUUUUAGAAAAAAAGCCUGCAGGAGAGAAGAUAUUUCAGGAAUACAGAAAAACAGGGAAAAUCACAGAUUCCACAAGACGAAUUCUUGUUAAUGCACUGGUUGGAGACAUGAUUGAUAAACAUGGGUGUAUUCCACCUAAGGAGGUCAGGGUUAAAUAUGCAGUUGGGAUUGUGACACUGUUCCCCUCCCUCAAGGAUCCUUAUUCUAGACAAGGCUAUGAACACUUCUACGAUGCAGAAGGUAAUUUGGGAGGCCACUUGUGA